AUGCCCGAGUCAACAGAUGAUGAGCGCCCAACCAAGGUGCCCCGCAUCUCACUCGGGAUUCGCGGCUUCUUUAAGGCAUCUGGCGCUGUUGAGUGGCUGUGGUGGGCUUGGCGGCGCAGCAGCGCCGCAUUCAAAAUGUGCCCUGAUCCUCAGGCUAUAGAGGCGGAACUCCGCAAGCUAGAGGGCGAAAUAGAGGCCGUUAAGGAACAAAUAGCGGCCUGCACGGACAGGGGCACGUUAACAUAUUUACGAAGGAAUCAGGAGCAGCUACGUAGGAAGGAGGAGCAGCUACGCGAGAAGGAGCUGAUCCUGCUGCGUAACGCUGCGGCUACUGCUGGCCCAAGCGUUGGCCGCGCGGAGUCUGCGGCUGCCAAGCAGAGCCGGCGGUCUCACUCGCCAGCAGGCCCUGAUCUACAGAUGUUCUGGAAGAAUCUGACUGCGGCUGAGCUGAUGACGGUGGACGACCAGCAGGUGCUCUCGCUGCCGCCGGGCGUGUGCUUCCCGGCCAGCACAUCAAAACUGCACCAGCUGCUGCGGCGCACGUGCUACGACACUGCUUUUACCAAGAUGCAGGACUGCAUCAACGAGCUCUCAUCAGACAUCCGGCGCUUCCUCAUCCUGGGGACACCAGGCAUCGGCAAGAGCAUGUUCCUGCUGGACUUGCUCCACCGCCUGGCCUGCAUGCAGCGCACCGUGGUGCUCCUUUCUGACCUUACCUACCCCAGCGCGCUGCUGUUUCAGCCCGCGGCCGCUGACGGUGACGGCGGCGGCGUGUUUAAGGCGGACAACCCCAUCGAGUUUGAGGAGGAAAUCAACGACCCCAAUACGUGGCUGCUGUGCGACUCCAUUGAAUUCGCGAAGGCGAACGCUAUAACAGUUAUGGUCUCCUCGCCGCGCGCUGGCGCCUACAACAGAUUUGCCAAGACCAAACACCUGGAGCUGUGGAUGGGUCCGUGGAGCCUGGAGGAGAUUCACGCCGCACGCCGCCUCGAGCCGUACCAGGCACAAGUUGACGUCGAGAUGGUGGAGCGGCUGUACAAGAGGUGGGGCGGAAUUCCGCGCUACGUAUUGGAGAAUGCCAAGAACCCGUCAAUGCAGCGGAAGCUGGACGACGCCCUGGGGUCCGGUGAGCUACUUGCUGUGCUGCGCUCGGCGAAGCAGAUCCAGGCCGCCCCUGACGCGAGCCACAAACUACUGCAUGUUCAGGUGGACGACGCAUGUGAGAAGACCGAGGUGGUGUUUGGCUCGGAUGAGAUCGUCAACCGUGUGACCGAGCAGCUUCAGGCGAACGGCAUGGUGGCUCUGCGGCAAUUCCUGACCUGGUCCGCGGGCGAGCCGAUGGCGGCCAGCCUGCGGGGCCUGCUUUUCCAGGCUUACGCGUUUCAGGUGCUCGCAUGCGGGGGCACGUUCCGGGUCAGGAACCUGACUGCCUCCGCAAUUGGCGGCGGCGUGCCACAUGAGGUGGUGCUGCCGCAGAUGUCGCGCCUAGAUGUGCAAGACCUUUCAGCAGCAGAGGCCGGCUGCCUGGUCAUUCCGGCACGGAAGAACUUCCCGGCCAUUGACUGCAUGGUGGUGCUGCCAGCCCACGGAGGCGUCUUGACACCUUCCAAGCGGCUGCUGAUGAUCCAGCUUACCGUGGCGGCUUUGCAUUCGGUAAAGGAAAAUGCGCUGGCGGCGCAACUGAAACUGCUGCCGCCGACAAUACGACGUCUGAAGGCGGCGCUGCUCUUUGCCAUGCCGCCUGACAUGUUCGACCGCAUUGGCGCUCAGAAGACGUCGGGCACGGGGCCUCUGAGCGACGUGCCGCAGUAUGCGCUGGAGGUGCCCAUCAGCGGCUUCAGUGAGAGCACUAACAUGAGCAACGCCAGCAGCGGCGUGAACACCAGCAGCGCCAGCAGCAUGCAGGACAGCCGCCGCCACGGCCGCCGCCGCGUUUCACAUGAGCGUCGCAGUGGCGAUGUGAGCAGCAGUGCGGUGCUCGUGCGCCCGCACCUCAGUAGCUGCCUGCCAACGAGGCUGGGGCAACGAAGCUUGCCGCUGGGUGACGUAACACGCCAAGCCGUCCGCGGCGCCAUCGUCCCCACGCGGUCACUGGGGGCCUGGUGA